GAAGGGGGGGGCAGCGGGAGAAGGCCUGAAGACUAGUCUCCCCACACAGCUCCGUUAACCACAUUUGCAGACUGUCCAUCUGUCCAGAACCUGCCCCCACCUCAGGUCCAGGCUGACUGACGGUGAGCUACGCAAUGGGCUCUGAGCUGGAGACAGCGAUGGAGACUCUCAUCAAUGUGUUCCAUGCCCACUCGGGCAAGGAGGGAAACAAGUACAAGCUGAGCAAGAAGGAGCUAAAGGAGCUGCUGCAGACUGAGCUCUCCGGCUUCCUGGACGCCCAGAAGGAUGCGGAUGCUGUGGACAAGGUGAUGAAAGAGCUAGAUGAGAAUGGAGAUGGGGAGGUGGACUUCCAGGAGUAUGUGGUGCUGGUGGCUGCCCUCACAGUGGCCUGUAACAACUUCUUCUGGGAAAACAGUUGAGCAGACACCCCCAGUGGCCAGCGUCCUUCCCCAUCCCCCUGCUUCCCUCCCUACACUCCUACCCUUGCCCACCCUCCACCAAGGGCGCAAGAGUAGUGGGCCAGGCCUGCAACUCAUCUUUCAUUAAAGGCUCUUCUCUGGCCA